CUGGACAGCAGCCGAACAGCAGCUGAACUUCACCUGGACAGCAGCUGAACUUCACCUGAACAGCAGCUGAACAUCACCUGGACAGCAGCCGAACAGCAGCUGAACUUCACCUGGACAGCAGCUGAACUUCACCUGGACAGCAGCUGAACUUCACCUGAACAGCAGCUGAACUUCACCUGGACAGCAGCCGAACAGCAGCUGAACUUCACCUGGACAGACGCUGAGCGUCACCUGAACAGCAGCUGAACUUCACCUGGACAGCAGCUGAACUUCACCUGAACAGCAGCUGAACUUCACCUGGACAGCUGCUGAACAGCAGCUGCCUGUUUGUUACAGGAUACUUCACUUUAUGGGGACUAGCCUUCACACGAGUUUGAUAAACAGCAUUUGAUCAGUAACUUGGUCUUGGACAGAGCAUGAAUGGUUGAGUGACUUUAUAGAAGACUCACACUGUGACUCGGUGGCCUUGAACCUCUCGUUACUUAUAUUAUUGGCGAAUCAGGAAUGUAAGAUCACUAUGCUCUUUAUACUCUCUCUUUCUCACUCUCUCUCUCUAAAUCUCACACACACACACACACACACAGCAGGAGAGACCCAUUAGCAGGGUGAAGAAGGGUUGAUAUCUCCCCUCUUACAUAAGUGGCUCCUCUCACUUGUCAGCCAAUCAGUUGAGGGCAGAUGAGCCACUUCCAGGAAGUGGUUCUUAUCAGAGGAACACAGUUCACUGUCUAGCAGGUGGUUCCCCACACAGAAACGCCAAGUAGAGCCCACCGACUGUCCACAAAGCCAUCUUUCCUCUUUCUUCUGUCUGCUGUAGAGCGUUAGGUGAAUAUGUAUAUAGACUACUAAAGGAGGUGAAUAUGUAUAGACUACUAAAGGAACGAUGAAUAUGUUUGGACUACUAAAGGGGGUGAAUAUGUACAAACUACUAAAGAGAAGAGACUUUCUGUUGCUGGUUCGAGUUUCCAGGAUGUGCUGAACCAGGAGGAAGUCCAACCAGUCAACUUUCUUUACCAACCACCUGCCACUGAACCAAUGUCUAUCCAGGAGGUCACUGCUUUUACGGCGCCCAUGGAGAGCACUCCCAGGCGGUGGGUGCUGAAGCCUCUGUCCCCCAGGCUUGAACUGUCUGACCUCCGCACCAUUGUUAGCCCUGCCUGGACUGAGCCCUCCAUCCCGGUACAAGGCUGGAAUGACUCCACCUUCACAUCAGACAGUAUUUCUGUUGCCCAUCAGUCAUCAGUUCUGGUUUCCUCCCAGCAGGGGGAGUGCUCCAAGGAUGUCUUGGUACAGGCUAAGCAGGUAGCAGUAUCAGAUGAGGGAGGGAAUACCAGUGAUGAGUGGCAGGCCAGCAGCCCCAGUACACCCAGCACUCCCACAAGCAGCUUGGGCUCCCACUGUGGCUUCUACUCCUUUGUGGAGGAUCCUGCCAGUCCAGAGGCAGAGUGUAACCAAGUAUGGAUGGUUUCUCCACAAAGGCAGACUCAGCUGGCCAUGCUGAAGGAAGAAAGGGCUUUCAAAUUGCAGACAUACUCUAGUGGCAAGAAGCCAGCCAGUCUUUUUCAGGAGCUCAAUGAGGACUCACAGUACAGCAUUGAGACUAACAGCAGUGUAGAAGUAAUUGAUGAGCACAUGGAGAAGAAACUUCGCAAGGAGAUCAUUCACUGCCAAGCACCAAAGAAAAACAUGUCAUUCAAGAAACAGUGGAGUGCAUUAGAAAAUAUAGAUCUGAACAGCUCUCCCAACAAGAUGAUAGAAGGUUUUAGUUUGAGCUUUGGGCCAACCAGUUCCAAACCAAAGCUUACCCCACCUGCUGAGGGAGGAACCAUUGACAGUGAGCAGAUCAACUUUAGAGUAGCACAACAGCAGUUCCUAAAGAUGGAGCAAGGCAGACUCAAUGUACUACCCAUGAACACUCCUUGGUCUUCAAAAACACAAAGCAUGUUUCUGAGGUCAGAGGAAGAUGUUCAUUGCUCGAAUAAAGAGCAGUUAAUCCAACGAGCAGCAUCCUCUAUAUGGCAGGAUGAAGAGGUGCCAUCUUCAGGAAGGAAGGUGACUGUAUUCUCUGCUGAAGAGAGUUUAGCCAGCAGUGUCUCUGAUGAUCUGGACUCCAAACUAGAAGACCUGUCAGUGGAUCCAAGUGGAGGCUACACCACUAAUAAAAGCACUUGCAAUGAAAACAUUCAGCAAGAGAGCAGGGGUACAAAGUCUAUGGAUGAUUAUGAGACACCGAUUGAAAGAGAGAUCCGUGUCACUCGGGAACGAGAGGAAAACCUGAGGCACUCACGUGGCCUGAAGCCCUGUGAUUGCAAGCCAGAGAUGCUGGAGAUUAAGAUCAAGCCUUUAUUCUCACAGCCCAGCUCUCCACUGACACCUGUUAAAACCAAAGAGAAGAACCGAGUUAGCUUCCUCAUUCACCGCGAGAUCCAGAAAGAGAGCCAGAAGGAAGAGGAGCUUCAGCAUCAGGUCUGGACUUCUCUCCAGAGAAAGGAUGAUUUCAAGACACCUGACAAAAGCAGCAAUGAAGAGGAGGAGAGCAGGACAGAUGAGCAUUCCACCGAGGGCUUUCCCUCCCUUUGUUGUCCACAUCGUCACCCUGAAGAAACAGAGCUGUACAUCAGCAAAAUGAGCUCAGCACCAUUUUACAUCAACCAGCAGGCCUCAGAGAUCCAAAACCGCAGCAGAGUUCUGCCUGGUGGAAUCACAGCAGACCAACAGCAACUGGCAAAACCUCUGGUUGAUGAAACAAGCACUGACGAAACAGUCUGGUCUGCUGGUCCAUCCUGGAUGGGUAAUCUAGAGUCUGCCGGUCUACAGUCCAGAAGAGAAGGUACUGUAGAUAUCAUUCAGAGGGAAAUAGAGGAGGAUAUGCGACGAGAGCAGGAACUUAGGGAGCAGAGGGAAUCCAGAAACCUGUGGGCCUCCCUGGACACAAACUUUAAUAGCAUGGGACACAAUGCUGAUUCUUCCUGCCAGAGUCAGCAGAGGGGGAUGAUGAGACAGGACCCACCCCUCCUCACUCCUGCACCACUGGUGGAACAAGCAAAUAAAGUAGCUCUUAGUCAGUUUUACCCAGCUGACACCCUAGCAUCAAAAACAGAUAAAACCAACAUUACAUCACCAUACUCCCCUCCUUCUCCUUCACCUAUGCCCUCCAUUGCCAUUGGAAUAGCCCAGCCCUGGACAUCCCCAUGGCCGGCCUUCCCAGGGGUCGGCAAAACCAAAUCCAGGCUGCCCUCCGUCUAUCAACCAGAGAGCAACACCAACCAGCAACAUAAAGGCCUGACAGAGACUUUGUUGGAGGACUUCAAGGAGAGGAGUGUAAAACUGAAGCUGGAAGAGAAUUCUUAUGCAGGAAUCCAGCCCAUCGAUGCUGUGAACAAUGAGGUUUUGGAGGCAACUCGUGUCACCAGACACAAAAACCAGCGUGCUCUGAGGUGGGAGGCAGGACUGUUUGCUAAUCAAGAGAACCAGUGAGUUUCCUGAACAUUCAGCAGGGGUUCAGCCUGUAGAUGCUUUCCUCACUACGAUGUCAGUCCUGGAUUUUCUUCAGUUCUAGCUCAUCAGAACAUGUAUGUAUUGACAGACCUCCAGGACUUGUCUUUAAAACAUGGUCUUCACUCCAGGCUGAGACGCAAGCUGGCACACUCCAACAACUUAAGAGGAGGCCCUUGUCCAGUGACCUAUCUAUUGAAAUGGAUGGUCAGCUCUAUGUGUGAGGAGUGUUUGACAGAGCAAAAUAUUUUAGCUACCUUUUGAGUUGAACUGUAAAUAAUAUUUAGUUUUGGCCUUUAGGGAACAAGAGAACAAAGCUGCUUAGUCAGGCUGCAGAGUUACAGAUGUGCAUGUCCAGCCUCUGCUCCGUGCUGUCUGUAGUGAUUAAAACAGAAUAUCAAACUCCACAGCUCUGUCUUGUCAGGUGUGAGUUACAAAGCAGGA